AUGCGGCUAGACGAUCCGGAAUUGAUCGCUUCUAGUACGCGAGGUGGAGAGCUUGUGGUAGAGGUCGAGGAGGUCGAGGAGGUCGAGGAGGUCGGGGAAGUCGAGGAGGUCGAGGAGGUAGUAGAGGUAGUAGAGGUGGAAGAGGUAGUAGAGGUAGUAGAGGUGGAAGAGGUAGUAGAGGUAGUAGAGGUGGAAGAGGUAGUAGAGGUGGAAGAGGUGGAAGAGGUAGUAGAGGUGGAAGAGGUGGAAGAGGUAGUAGAGGUGGAAGAGGUGGAAGAGGUGAAGGAGAUGGAGGAGAUGGAAGAGGUGGAAGAGGUGGAAGAGGUGGAAGAGAUGGAGGAGAUGGAAGAGAUCGAAGAGCUAGACCCGCUUUCGAUGGGAACGCAGGCGGUCUCUCGGUGA